CGAAGGUAAAAGGACUUACCGUUCUUUUAGAUAAGUUGAUGGUUUCACAUCUCUCGUGAAGCCAACAUAACGGAGCGAUCCAUUCGUUUUGAAAGACGAUUCCAUAACAAUGACUCAAUUUCAUUCCUUAAACCUUUCUGUUUCUUUGAUGAUGAAGCGAAACCAUUGGAAAACCGCUUGCUUACACGUUUAACGCGUAUUUGGUAAACAGACGCUAUGACUCACUAUGUGCAAUUUUCUUUUAUUUGGCAGGAAUCAUGGAUUUUCCAUAGUACAUGGCCUUAGAAGAGGCGAAACCUUGAAACGUUCAGAAAAUAGAGACGACGAUAAUUUAGAAAGAGGAAUUUGAGUAGGAACUGUUCACGAGAAAGAAGCCUGAAAAUAGUAUGCAAUUUUGCCCAACUUGCGGAAAUCAUCUUGUUAUAGCCAUUGAUGAGGAAGGGCGUAAUGCUUUUGAUUGUAAAACAUGUCCUUAUCAAUUCCCUAUUUCAGCUCUGCUUUAUAGCAGACACGAGUUUCCACAAAAGAAAAUUGACGAUGUGCUAGGAGGUGAUGAAGCAUUUGAAUCGAACCAACAAACAGAAGUGGCCUGUGACAAUAGCAAAUGUGACAAUAAUCGUGCUUACUUCUUCCAGCUUCAAAUUCGAAGUGCUGAUGAGCCAAUGAGUACUUUCUACCGUUGUACCAAGUGCAAAUUUCAAUGGCGUGAAAACUAAAAAUGGUUUUGGUAUUUACCUAAAGUUAAUAAUGGUUAUCGGUGCUGAUCCUUGGAUAUAAAAAUGUACUUGAAAGGUGGAAUUGGCCUUUUCCUUCUUUAUUUCCUUUUUCUUGUUUACAUGGGUUAUUUUCUCUGUAUAAUAUACAAUAUGAAUGUAUAAUAUUUAUGAGUCCUUUUGAGUUGAUAAAGGAAAAACAUUACUGCCUAUAGACGAGGUAGGAGGAUUUAGUCUAUAUCAAGGUAUAUGUGUAUUUCGUCAAACAAUAUUCUAAUAAUUACAAAAAUCAAAGUCAAACAACAAUCCAACGGAAUCGGACGAAAAAAAAAAAGAUUUGGGACUGAGGAGGUCUUUUCUAAAGAUCUAAUAAUACAUGAAUAGAACAUUUCAAAGAAUGCAACGUAUCAAGCACGGUUCAUAAAGUGCUGAUUAUAAGCGUUCCCACAUUUGCAGCUUCAUCGUCACGGGUUCGCCGGAUUCAUCAGUACUCAAAUGCUUUAAACGGCUUUGUCCAGUCCACUGACGUAUCUGAGACGAUUUGGCCUGUAACCAUUCUUUGCUAUACUCCAAAAAUGGUACAGUGUGACUGACGGUGUUUACCGAAGGAUCCAUCUGAAACUUGUCUUUGGCGCCCGUUACGGCUAUGAUGCGCUUCGUGCAACGACACAUCAAGCCCAAAGUCAACAACCUUUUAUCACCAAUAACAUAGAUACGGCCAAUCGAAUCCUCUCUAGCCUUCAAUUUGUUAAGAGCUUGUUUGAACGUAGAAACAUAGUGAACGGAUUCAUCAAAGGACUUGGGCUCUUGACCGUCUGUAAUCACGAGUGAAGACACUUUGUUUUUCAGGAUAUCUUCAUAUUCAUUAAACAUUUGAAGAUUGCUUAGAACGAUAUUGACUCCAUUUUUGGAGGUCCGGGACACGAUUUUUGAAAUAAGUUCUUUCUCCAGAUGAUUAUUGUUGCUACCCAGAUGAUGCAUACUAGUGUGCUGGGAGACAGUAAGGGAAUUGGGUUUUGGUGUAGGAAUAAUUAGAGAUAUAUUUUUCGAAACGAGUGGCCAAUCUUCGCGGCCAAAAAAGUCUAUAAAGUCAGCUGCGGCUUCUACAUAAGCAAUAGGAGAGGGUAUAUGAUGGGCACCAGGGUGGAAUAACACUUGUGAAUCCUCACAGAUUCGAAUCAAGGUAGUAGAGCUUUCGGUGGACAACACGUUAUCAAACUUUCCUAGAAAAUGGAGUGUGGGCAUUUCGAUUUUCAUUAUAUGAGUUUCUCCAUCGAUAGCCAAGGCACGAUAAUAUCCACUAAAGAACAUGCCAAAUCGAAACGGCUUUUGACCGAAAUAAUUUUGGUAUUUCGGAAGGGUGACAAAGGUCGCAAGAUUGGCUGCCAAAUUUGUUCCCUGAGAAAACCCCAUAAUCCCGUCAAAAGGGCCAUGCUCGCGAAUGUAGGAAGCCAAGUGCUCGUAUGAGGUCUUUGGUUCUAAAGUUUUGGAAUCUCCAUACUCAUCAAUUCUCCACCAUCCCCAAGUGAUAGAGGACCCGUCUAAUGAGUCUUCAUCAGAGUAAUCACUUUGACCUUUGUCAUUCGAAAGUUCAAUGGGACCAGUGGGGAAAUAGAACUCGACAUCGUCGACUAAACGUUCGCGCAGUGCACGCAUUUUUACCGACAAAAGGUUACCCGAUUCGCCAUAACCAUGCAGGCAAAGGACUUUAAUUUUUGUUGAAAAAUUUGAGGCCAUUGAAAGGGUAUCGUCUGUAAAGUGAAAGAAAAGAGCAAAAAAAACACAGGUCAGGAUUCAAGCGUAAGUUUCAGCUUUUGCAAAGUGGGAGAAAAGUAAGAAAGCCCUUUUAUAGCAUUUAGCACAAGGCAAAUGAACGCAUGGAUGGUUCGAUCUUGCCCAACAAGCUUCGUGUCUACACGAGCCCAAACUUGGGUUCGUGUACUUGGUGUUUUGGAAAAUUUUGUAUUGUUACUUGGAAACUGAAGGUAACAUUAUGCAGUCUGUAAACAAACAAAUUCUUACGAAAAUUCAAAAGGUAGAGAUGUCUCAAUGAAAUUAUAAACUGAAUAUAUCGAUUUCGACUAUAAAAGUGCAAAUCAUGAUUCGCUUACUACGGUAAUCAAAAGUCCGUUCUCUUGGUUAUAAUUCUCAGCAUGCUUUAUCAAGUAAUGCAAAGAAAGCUUUUGAUAAUAUUUCAUCGUUUUCUGAUCGAUAAUUACUUACAAAGUAAACAACGAGGUUGCUUCAUUUUGAAGUAUGAGCACAACAUUAUUCACUUUUUGAUUCCCAAUUCCCACGAGCGAGUCAGGUUAUUUCCCAAGUAUCCAAGUGGAUCGAUCGAUACGAAUCAAGCAAUAGUAAAUGUAUACUUAUAGGUAUUUCGUAAUGUUAUGGUUAUUAAAUUUCGAUAAAAAGGAACUUUCUCAAAAAAAAAAGAAGAAAAGAUUCGUGUGAGUCUCAAG